CCGCGGGGGUCGGACGCUGCGCCGGUCUUGCGUAUUUGUUACGGUCGAUAUUAACCUCUCGGAUUUCGUGUGUUGUGUGUGAAAUAAGUGUGUUUUUAGAGCUAAUACACUACAGUGAACUUGUGCAACGGAUUACUGUUUUGUGUGUUGACAAACUUGGAUUUUUCACUGUUGCGGUUUUGUGAUGUCGUAGGCAUGGAAGGCGAGAGCCCCGAGCCGUCGGGCUGGCUGCUGGUGCGAGUGCACGUGCCCGAGCUGAACGUGCAGAAGAGCCUGCAGUUCCCCCGGGACCAGCUCGUGUGGGACGUCAAGCAGCAGUGCCUCGCUGCGUUGCCCAAGGUGGCCACUUGGUACAGGGAGCUGAAAGAAAGCUUCAACUAUGGCCUCUUCUGUCCGCCCGUCAACGGCAAGGCUGGCAAGUUCCUGGACGAGGAGCGACGCCUGGGGGACUACCCCUUCAACGGCCCAGUUGGUUACCUCGAGCUGAAGUACAAGCGGCGCGUGUACAAGAUGCUGAAGCUCGACGAGAAGACGCUGAAGGCGCUGCACUCGCGCGCCAACCUACGACGCUUCUUAGAGCACGUUGCUCACGCGCAGAUCGACAAGCUCACUAAGGCCUGCGCCAAGGGGCUCGACCCCAACUUCCACUGCUCGGAGACCGGAGAAACCCCUCUAACCAUCGCAGCGGGCCUAAAAUCCCCCGGAAAAGUCCUAAUAGCCCUCGUGAACGGCGGCGCGCUCCUAGACUACCGGACGAAAGACGGCUCCACGGCUAUGCACAGAGCCGUCGAAAAGAACUCACUAGAAGCCGUGAAGACUUUACUAGAGCUGGGAGCGUCGCCGAACUAUAAAGAUGGGAAGGGACUGACGCCGUUAUAUUUAUCGGUGACGAAUAAGACGGAUCCUCUGCUUUGUGAGACUCUGCUGCACGAUCAUGCGACCAUCGGUGCUGCGGACUUGCAGGGGUGGCUGGAGGUUCAUCAGGCGUGUCGCAACGGCCUAGUGCAACACUUAGACCACCUCCUAUUCUACGGCGCCGACAUGAACGGACGGAACGCGUCCGGCAACACGCCGCUUCACGUAUGCGCUGUCAACGCUCAGGACUCCUGCGCGCGGCAGCUGCUGUUCCGUGGGUGCGACAAGGAAGCUCUCAACUUCGCCAACCAGACGCCCUACCAGGUAGCCGUGAUAGCAGGAAACCUGGAACUAGCGGAGGUCAUCAAAAAGUACAGGGCCGAGGAAGUCGUGCCGUUCCGGGGCCCGCCGCGGUACAACCCGCGCCGGCGCUCGGCCGCGUGGGGCUGGCUGGGCGGCGGCUGGCCGGGCGACCGCUCGUCGCUCGCCUCCUCCACGAGGAUCCCCGAGCUGGACGCCAUGCUGCGCCCGAGCGUGCCCGAGCCCUGCCUCGACCGCCCCUUCUCCUCCGCCUCCUCCAGCAUUAGCGACGCCUCGCACCCCAGCCACGAGGACGACGCGAGCAUUCUCACAGAUAAGAGCGCGGACGUUAGCGACAUCAUCUCGGACUCGAGCGGCGUGGGCACGAACUCGGACACCACGUGCUCGCUGCAGGGCGCCGCCACCGCCGUCUGUCUGCAGCCCUUCGAGCCGCAGCAGCCCGGCCAGCUCCGGCUCAACCAGGGGGAUAUCGUUGAAGUGACCGGCGCGACGGAUGACGGAUUCCUUGAGGGUUGCGUACGCGCCACCGGAGCUGCAGGGUUGUUCCCCGCGCACUGCGUGCAAGAGGUGCGGCUGCGGCAAAACAAAAACGUACAGGCAUUACAAGCGGGUCCCAUUCACCACUCACGAGUGAACGGGCGACGGGAAAUGCCUCUAAGCAAGACGUACAGCGCCACCGCACCCAGGAUAAAGAAAACGUACGGCAAUGUCGAAACGCGCACAGUGGUGCUGCACCGCGCUCGACGGGGCUUCGGCUUCGUGCUGCGCGGGGCCAAGGCGUCCUCGCCCCUCAUGGAGCUCAGGCCCUCGGAGCGGUGUCCGGGGCUACAGUACCUGGACGAUGUGGACGCUGGUGGCGUCGCGGACAGAGCGGGGCUUAAGAAGGGGGACUUUCUUAUAGCAAUAAACGGCGAAGACGUGUCGGCCGCGUCGCACGAGCAUGUGGUGGAGCUGAUCCGCGGCUCGGGGGCGCUGGUGUCCAUGACCGUCGCUUCGUUGCAUUCUACAAACGGUAACGAACUCAAUACAUGCACAGUGCCCACGAGCAAGUCACAAAACCAGCUGUCGAGCUCCGGUCGUCCGUACGCCGCGACACUGCCAAGGAAAGGUGCCGGAGGGCGGAGCCCAGCGCCGGCGCCGCCGCGGCGGGACCCGCGCACGACGCUCAGCGUGGGCCGCGCGCGCGCCAAGUCCAUGGUCGCCGGACUAGAAAAUGGCGGCGAAAAAGAAGAGAACUGCGAACCCCUCAGCGUGGCCGGCAAGUCCUCGUCGGCAGAGUCGGUGCAACACAGUAACAGCGGGACACCGCAGUCCGGCACGCCGGUGGCGCCGCGCACGGCGUCCAUCCGGCAACGACCGGCGUCCGGUCGGAUCACGGCCGCAGAGUUAGAAGAGUUAUUCCAGAGGCAAGCGGACGCGGAUACCAUCGGCGGAAACAGCGCUAUGAUGACGCGAUCGGCGUUCCAGGGAGGGUCGGCGUCGCCGCCAUACUCGCCGGCGCGGACAACUCGCGUCUACGCCUCUGUGGCUGAGAUGAAGCGUCGUGGUCCGGGGCGCGUGCCGCCGCCCGCGCACCCGCCGCCGCCGCCGCCGGGCGCGCCCGCGUCGUCGUUCCGCCCCAGCGACAGCGCCAAGCUCUACGCCUCGCCCCGCGACCUCGGGCCCGUCGCCUACCGACAGGCCGCCCCGGGCACGGUGAGUCCACUUGUUCAUACCCGCACACCCGCCGCCGCCGCCGGGCGCGCCCGCGUCGUCGUUCCGCCCCAGCGACAGCGCCAAGCUCUACGCCUCGCCCCGCGACCUCGGGCCCGUCGCCUACCGACAGGCCGCCCCGGGCACGUCCACUUGUUCAUACCCGCACACCCGCCGCCGCCGCCGGGCGCGCCCGCGUCGUCGUUCCGCCCCAGCGACAGCGCCAAGCUCUACGCCUCGCCCCGCGACCUCGGGCCCGUCGCCUACCGACAGGCCGCCCCGGGCACGGUGAGUCCACUUGUUCAUACCCGCACACCCGCCGCCGCCGCCGGGCGCGCCCGCGUCGUCGUUCCGCCCCAGCGACAGCGCCAAGCUCUACGCCUCGCCCCGCGACCUCGGGCCCGUCGCCUACCGACAGGCCGCCCCGGGCACGGCGCGCCCGCGUCGUCGUUCCGCCCCAGCGACAGCGCCAAGCUCUACGCCUCGCCCCGCGACCUCGGGCCCGUCGCCUACCGACAGGCCGCCCCGGGCACGGUGAGUCCACUUGUUCAUACCCGCACACCCGCCGCCGCCGCCGGGCGCGCCCGCGUCGUCGUUCCGCCCCAGCGACAGCGCCAAGCUCUACGCCUCGCCCCGCGACCUCGGGCCCGUCGCCUACCGACAGGCCGCCCCGGGCACGGUGAGUCCACUUGUUCAUACCCGCACACCCGCCGCCGCCGCCGGGCGCGCCCGCGUCGUCGUUCCGCCCCAGCGACAGCGCCAAGCUCUACGCCUCGCCCCGCGACCUCGGGCCCGUCGCCUACCGACAGGCCGCCCCGGGCACGGGUUCGAAAAUCGGCGUCGCUGCGGUCGUGGGCGGGCCCGGCGCGCGCGCACUCGGCGGAGGAGGCGGCGCACUACGCGCAGCCGUUCAACGCGCACGGCGUCGUGCGACAGAACUCAACGCCAGCGCCGCCGAUCCCGGAACCCGACUACAGCAUGUCGGAGUCAGACGAGGAGGCGCCCAAGCCCAAGGAGCCGCCCGCCGAGACCAGCGCCAACAGCAAUGCCAGUGGAAGCAGUUCAGGGUCCAGCUCGAUGCAGCACUCGUUCUCCGUGGACGAGAUCCAGAAGAUCCGCACGCGGCUCAAGUCGUCCAAGUCGUGCGGCGACGAGCUGUCGGCCGAGCGCGACGACGGCGACAACUCCUCGUCCGGCGUGUCGUCCGACCAGGAGGCGCAGGCCAAGCCGCCGCGCCGCGACAAGGUCUCCUUCUGCAGCUCCGUGCAGGUCAAAUCCUCAAACGACGUUAUCAGCACCGAACCCGUGCACAGCUCGUCGGAAAGCUUAGCUACACCUCCGGCUAUGCAGCGACAUAACUCGCUCACACGCAAGCGAGCCACGGCCGCUUUACUACGCGGGACUAUAGGUAGAGGGAAGUCGGCAGCGGAGCGUUUAGGCGUAGACCCGGAGAAGGCUCCGGGCAGGAGGACGCGCGCGGCCGUGUCGCUGGCGGAGCUGCCGCCGCCGCCCGAGGAGCCGGCCGGGCCGCCCGACUCGGCGCCCGUGCUGGCGCCGCCGCCGCAGUUCAGCGACCGCGUGCGCGUCGUCGCCGCCGUGCCCAAGCUCGCGCAUCUCCAGUAGACCCGAGGCCGAAGCGAGAGUGCUUCAUAUUACGACAUCUAACGUGAGAUGUCUGUCUUCUUGGGAUUUAUACAGGUCUUACUAUCUGAUGAAGCAUCUCUACUUCGGCGGCUCUAAAGUUUUGUGUGGGGCCUACCUACAAGUCGUACCCCACCGUGAGAGCGGCAGACGGGUCUGUUUUAAUUCGGGGAACUGAUCUUUAAACUCUUCCCUAGUGUGGUGUGAUCACCGACAAAUCUUAUGAUUAGGCGUUCGAGAGCGUUUCUAAUGUUUCCUUCAUAGGCUCUCGGCGACACUACAGGUAUAGCGGUGUAGGGUAGCCUCGGUAGAACGAUAGGACGUCGAUCGAGCUCACAUUGAGUCUUAUAGUGCCAAAUGCAAGGUUUCUUGUCGCAAUCUUUGUAUCUAUAGAGAAAUCAUUUCAACUUUGCCUUUAUAAAUAAUGAGGUUUCUUAUGUAGUACAAACUUGUUGUCCUUUUUCAGGCAACUGAGCUUUACUCGUAUACAUGCUAGGCGGCGUGCCUAAUAUAACACGACACAAACCAUCAGUGUGUGGGUUGGUGUGUAUAGAUCUUACAACAUUAUUUAAAAUACAAAGUUGAAAUGAUGUUCGCAUAAGUAUGUACCUAUACAUAAUUGUAUUUCAACUUACAUAUAGUCGCACGCAACGCGCGCAGAUUUUAUCCAUGAAAUUUUUUUGCAAAUGAAAUAUUAAUGUAAGCAGACCUUUUGUAAGCAAACGACUAAAAUGAAACCAAAGAAUUAUAGUAUUUAUUGUUGAGGAGUUACAUUGAUACCUAUAGUUGAAACUAAUUUUUAUACAUUCCCUUAUUAACCAGUAGAUGUAAAAUUUCAAUGUUUAAGUAUAUAUAUAAAUCGGUUUUAUUUCAUUGUUAUCUUUGUUCUUAAUCCUCCGACGUGUCAAAUUACGGUUCGUAAUCUGUACAUUUGUUUAUUUGUAUAUUUAUUUCUUAGCCUUCUUAACAUUACAACCAAGUGCCAUCGUGUCUAUGAUUUUAAAAGUAUUUUUAUAUAUAUUACUGUAAAUAUUUAACGAAAGCUAAUCCUUAAGUUUAAAAGAGUGGACUAGCGAGAUUAAAUAAUCUAUACAAAGGUAUCCGGCCAGCUGAGAAUAUAAAUAUUUAUGAAAUAAACACGAUAUUUAUGAACAUAUUCAUAUAUUUUAAAAUUAUAUAAACGGAGCUGUGUUAAUAUGAAACGACAUUGUUUAAAAAAUAUAUAUGUACGUCUUUUCUCACUAGUUCUAAUUAUAAUAGAACAAGUUCGAGAUUUUUCCAGAGUUCUAAGGAAGAAAUAUUUCUUUUGGUCGUGCUUAUAAGGUUAUUUCCUCUAAGCCGCCUUACUUUAUUACUUAAAUACUGCCCUUUUGUCAUUACCUACUGUUACGCAAGUACCUACAGUUUCACUAAUUACUAGUUUGACCAUUAAAAGAACUGCUGAGAAUAAAAUUUCCACCUUGUUCUAAUCUUUAGAACGGAAAGUGGGAACAGACUAUUCGUCCGGCCUCCCGCCUGCGUCCAACAUAUAAUAUAUUAUGAUAUUGUACAACAUAUGAUAUAUAAAUAUUCAAACAUAUUCACGGCUAGUCUACUCUUUUGACGGCAUGUGUGGGAGCUUGCUCGCUGCUUGCCCCCGACGUAGUUUCAUCCGUUCCACUAUUGUACAUUUUGUAAUCGAACCCGUCAUUUAGAUAUCUGUAGAUAUUAUCUACGAACCUAAGCACCUAUUCCACUACAACACAACAUAACAACACAGAAAGUAUUAAAGUAAAAAGCUGUCUUGAAGAACUAUCGUAAUGCGAAGCCAAAUCUUUAUUAAUUGAAUUAUUAAAUCUACAAGUACCUAUUGAUUGAUAUAGUGGAAAAGGUGCUAGAAGGGUGUAAGUAUAGGUAUGUGUGUUAUAGAUGGCCGCGCAGACUUCCUAGCAUGUGCUGCAUUCUCGUGACUUGAACGCGCGAGAACGCAACACAUGCUAGCCAUGUUAUGGCGGCACAUCGAGCUGUAACACCAAUCAGUGUUUCUACAUGUUUGUGUUUCCUAACUUCGCCUAAUGUCAUGGCGAUAAUCUCUUUACAAAUAUAAAACUGACUUUUCGUAAAAUUCUAUGUAAGAAAACUAAUGUGCAAUUUCUUAGCCUUAUUUUAUGCGAUUACGAUAUCGAAACUAUUCGUCUGCCUUAUAUUUGUAAAUGAGAAACCGUUCAUAAAGUACUGCCUAAUAUUUUAGUGCAAUAUGUGCAGCUAAAAAGAGCUUUAUGUUAACGAGUUUAUAUUGCGUUGUUUCGUUCAACGUUCGCCUCUCGGUAGCGUAGAAUUAAUAAAAUCAUUAUAGUUCUCUAUCGGUGUUAUAUAUCGUAAUCGAUUGGAAAUUAUAGCCCUUAUGGACCAGAGCAUAAGAACUUUUAAUUUCCAUUUAUAUUAUAACUGUUCGAUAGAAGGACUUGAAUGAAACGGUGUCCGGUGAACUAUGUAACUAAUAGUGCUGGCAAGCGUUUUUCGUACAUGACGAAGAAAUAAUUUAUCUUGAGUUUAACCUGUCUUCUUAUAAAUAACACGAAACCGCAGCCAAAAGUUCUCUUACAAAAUGUUAUAAGUAAAAUUUAUAUUCUCUCUAAUUUCUUUCUAUUAAAUGUUCUACCAAGAAUAACUAAGUACCAGACAUACAUUCAUGUUACUUUAAUGUUUGUCUUAUGAUAUUUCAGAAUAGAAUUUCAAUGAGAGCGUUAUUUAGAAUAUAUGGCGGCGGUGAGUAUGGUAGACUUCGCGUGACUCUCGUGAUUAUCGAGUUUGUCAAAUGGAAUGUGUAAAGACACUAAUAUCAGGAUUGGUUUAUUCAGCGGCUCAGCACUAAAGUUACAUACAUCAUGGACACCUUCUGUCAUAGUCUAGUUAAUUCUAGCUGGCGACGUAGCGUCGGACGGGUUGUAGCCUCCAUUGUAUUAUUAGCACAAUUUAUUGUUCAUUAUUUCGUUAUAAUCGUCUUGUCAUUAUUUUAAGUUGUAUAAAUGUAUUUUCUACUUAAGAUAUAGCUAGGUAGUGGUAAUUAUAUUAGGGCAAUAUUUGAUUGUAGGAUAAAUGAGCAUAGGACCGCCCUUCCUACCGCUGGAGAAACACUCGCUACAUUCUCGCUACGUUCUCGCACUUCGGGAUGGUCGAGCGAGAAUCGUACGACUUUCGCCGUGGUAGGUCCGAGAGUAAUUUUGUAUAAUACCAUCGUGUUUUGCGUUUCAUUUGAAUCUCAGUAUCGGACGUAUAAUUACAUUUUGGUAUACUUUCAAAUGAAAAAUUAAAUGUUUCAUCACUA